AGCAGACACUGUUCAAAAGGUCAGCCGGAAAGGUCGAUUUUUACACAAAGAUGUAUCAGCCUCAUGCUGUGUCCGAACGAUGCUAACGUCGGAAGCGUUGCGCGAAUCAAGAAAGGUAACCCGCCAACCUGCCAGCCAGUCACCCAGUCACCCAGCUAUCCAGCCAACCACCCAUCCAGCCUACUAGAAGCAAGGCAGCAGUUGCGCGCGGCGCCGAGAAUCGUGUGGAUAGUCUUCAAGUCUACAAGCGGCGCACAUACAGUCGCGGCCACAGUCAGUUCACGUUUAUCAACUGGUCGCGUCCGUUGUGAACGUGGCUGGGACAGUGAGAAUACAGUUUAUAUUCUGCCUCGCAGCAUACCUAUCGCGCCACGUUUUGGGAGUAUACAUAUAAAUCACGUACACAGUUGAUCUCGAUGACAUUGUUAUUGUUAAUCACUUGUUACACUGUUGAUUGUUAUUGGUGAUGAGUAUUGUACUUAUAGUGUCGUUCAAAAAGUGUCUUACGCAUUUAAGUUCGUGAAAUUAAAGAACCUCGAUAAACGAGGAGCCAGGAGUUUGAUUCGUCAGCGAUAAUUGGAGAAAUCAAGGAAUUCGAGUAACAAAGGAACUUUCGAUCGGUCGAUCGUCAAGGACGGGGAAAACGUCGACGGACAGAGAAACGCGCGCGGAACAAGACGAGGAGCUAAAGGGAAGGAGGAGUGAUCUCGUUAAAGAGGCACGACGUUGCUUUAAGUUUUUCAGAAAACUACAGGUGCCUUCAUUUUAUCCAGACACGAGGCUCCAUCGUGAACUUAUACAAACACAUGGUGCAGACAGGUAUGGCUGCGCCCUACGGUGGGGGUGUCUUUCCACCCCCUGUGAAUGGGGUAGCUGGGGUCGUCGGCGCUGCUGGAGCUGCUGGAGAGGUUAAACCACCUCCGCCCGUUCCCAUUAAGGAAGAUAACAGCGGCGCGCCGCAGCAACCGCCUCCUGGUGCACCUCAAGUUCCACCCCCUACGGGAGCCCCACAUCAAGCCGCACCCGGCGCACCCACAACGGCCAGCUUUAGCCCGCCACCGCCGCCGAAUGGCGUCGAUCAGCAGGCCAUUUCGGAAGUGUUUCAGGCAGCUGUGGCAGCAGCGGCAGCGGCAGCCGCAGGCGGCGGGGGGCAGCAACCGGCACCGACUCCUGGUGGAAAUGAAGCAAGUCCGGAAGGUGGCGUCGAGGCGAAUACACUUGUACCUGUCACGUCAGGAGCCACGACACCCGCGACAGCGACACAGGGAACGGACCUUAAGGGCCAACCGAAACGCCUUCACGUCAGCAACAUACCUUUUCGAUUCCGAGAUCCUGACCUCAGGGCGAUGUUCGGGCAAUUUGGACCCAUUUUGGACGUGGAAAUCAUAUUUAACGAGAGAGGAAGCAAGGGAUUCGGUUUUGUAACAUUCGCAAAUAGUGCUGACGCGGACCGGGCACGUGAGAGGCUACACGGCACCGUGGUUGAGGGCAGAAAGAUUGAGGUGAACAACGCAACAGCGAGGGUGCAGACGAAAAAACCUCCAACAGUGCCCAACGUAUGCGUCCAGUGGCCAGAGGCUGCGGCACUUAGAGGUGUGGCCAUUCAACGUGGUAGAGUCGGAGCAGCGAGAGCGGCCUUUCCAACAGGAGCUGCAGCAAUCGCACUCGCCCGGAAUCCGGGGCCACUUGCAGCUGCGGCUGCUGCAACAGCUCUGCAUCCCUUCGCACCUGCUGUCUACUACGAUCCCUUCAUAGCAGCACACGCAGCGACACAGGAUCCUCAAUAUAGGCUCCAGCUGGAAUGGCCGCAAGCAUCAGCCGACGCUAAAGGGCCAGCCCUGGAGGCGGCCGCAGCAGCUGCUGCAGCUUCACCUUUACUGAAGACGACGCCACUUUCGACUACCCAACAGGCGACCUACGCCGCCGCGGCGACGUAUACGGCCGUCGCGGCGCGAGCUUACGGAGCGGCUGCGGCUGCAGCUCAGCCGGUUGCCGGUUACGCAGCAGUAGCUGGAUACGGCAGAGAGUACGCUGAUCCCUACCUUGGACAUGGUAUCGGCCCUGUUGCUGGCUACGGAGCGACGGUCUACAGGGGCGGAUACAACAGGUUCACACCUUAUUAAAUGGAAGCCUUCCUUGCAAAGGCGUUACUGUAUACUCAGCAGAUCAUGACCAGAAACCGACACAAUCAUCAUCCCCAAUGCGAUGCCUGGAGCCCCACCUGCCGACGUUAGCCUCUCGUAGCACAUCACUUAGCACGUUCUCGCCGUCAUCAUAAACCUCAUCGACAUCGUCUUUGUCAUCCUGAACCUCGUCAUUUGGACAGUUCGGGACUACGGCUAUCAGCUAGCGAUGUGUGUAAAUGACACUUGUCAAAUUCGCGUCCCGUACUUCCUCCUCGUACAAGAUAGAUAAGAACAACGCGAAUUCAUCGUUGCGAUCUUGGCCAAACAAAGAUAGAAACAUAGAUUUCAUGCCUCUAUCGAGGACCGUACAAUUUUGAUAAUAACAUUGCUGCGAGACAGGAUAAGCGGAGGAAGGAUCCUGGCAAAAAAUAACGGGAUGGCUCCGUGACUGGAUCGUUCAGAUUGAAAUGAUAAGUGAUAAGCGUGCGCUACGUAAACGGCAGCCGUCAAAGGACGAGUGGUUCUCUCGAUAACACUGCACACACGCGUAAGCUUCAAUUCAUGAAAUUCAUGAUGCUUGUAAUGUUCAACCAUCAAAUUCGCAUACGGGGAUUUAAUUAUACAAGUAAUAUUGUCACGGUCAAAAUGUAAUAUAGCCCGUGUAGUAUCGUUGCAAUUUACUCGUUAGUACGUAAUCUAUUUGGUAAAAAUACGUAAUUUGUCCAACAUGUAUGUCUGAUCUGGCAUAGAAAAUCGCAAAGUUUGGUCCUCUUGAUUACCUUCUUUUUUUUUUUAUUGUUUGUCUUCCCUCUACUCGCUUUCCAUACGUAAAAAGGCAAGAUAAUCUUUUCAUUAUAUUUAUAUGCCCGAGUCGCGGUUUUCAUCUUGAUUAUUUUUGAUUACCUUUUUUUUUGUAUAUCCUCCCUUUUUGAUUACAUAGUUUUUUGUCAAGCAAUGUUGCACGCACCGUGGACGAUCACUCGUCCUUAGAAUGUAAAAAAUCGGCUGCCGCUCUACCUGCGAGUGAAAGAUUGGUCGGGCGCGUUAUUACAAUUAUUAUAUUUCCAUGUGAACGAGUAGCGCGGAAGAUUAAUUGUAAAAUGAGACCUAGGUAGCUAGCUGUUAGAAACGUGCGUGCGUAAGUUGGUUAGGUUUCUAUGCCAAAUAUGUGUGUAGGUCGCGAACCAAACGUUAGGUACGAUUAAUAGAAUUAGCGUUUUAUUAGAUAAAAAAGAGGGAAGAAAAAGAAAGGAAAACUCCUAGACCGACGUACCGGAUUCUGGUAAACAGGGUCUAGUCAUCAUUCUCGAACCGGUUUUAAUCAAACGCGUUUACUCGUAGUCCUUUUUAUUUUUUGUUUGUUUUGCAUUCGUUAGCGAUUUCCAAAGUAAUUCUGUAAAGCAACCUGUCAACUUGUAUACAUCCACCAGUAAUGUACCUACAACCCCCUUUCCUCGUACCAGUCAUUAAUAUCCUAAUCUGCCAAUAAGAAGAAAGAAGAAAAAAUCAGAAAAACACAACCCCUCGUCACCCGCUCUUUCGCAACUCUUUCCCCUACCGUUAAUAGGUACAAAAUUUACAAAGCCGCGGAUCUAACAAAUCUGGUGUAAUUAAUUUAUUUCUUGGUUAGUCGCCAAAACGGAGAUGACACGUCGUUUCUAUUCCUCCCUUAUAUAAAUUUGUUUUUACUUCCUCCUUAUUGAACUUAUACACCCCGUUCCCGCUUUCCCAUAUUUUUUUUUGUUAAUUAUAUUCAUCACUUUCUUCUUUUUUUGUUUUGUUACAUUUUCUAUGAUAUUGAUCUAAUAUCGUAAGGCAGCACAUGCCUUCGACUGUCCCUGGAAUCUCAGUGAAGGAUCGUAUCCGCGAUGAAAAAGCGCACGUAAGCGUAGCGAGAGCUGCAUUCUCAUGAACGAUGUAAACUCAUUAAACUCGUUCACGAGGAUCGUUCUCGAGCGAUUAAAAUAUUGUACUCGAUUAAAAAGUAAAUAACAAAUAAUUAAAUAAAUAAGUAGAGGUUCGCACGGACCUGUCGCCAAAAAGCUGGCCGCGUUAGAGAUAACCGCGCACUAUUGUACAGAUGCGAAACCAGAAGUUUUGUAGCGUUGACCUUCGAAGUUCUGGAAGACGUCGGCGUACAGACGCAACAGACUGCAUAAACUUCUUGCGCGCGCAUUAUAAAUAUGGGCUGGAUUGUCAGGACACGGGAGAGAAUUUAAGUAAUAGUAAUUCGCAUAUGUGGAAACGAGUGAAGAGAGACAAAGAAAUGAAAAGUAAAAACUUACCAGUUUAUUAAUAAAAGAUACAAACACUAUAAUUACAGUUUACUGUCUAAGAGCGCGACACGGCACAGUCUCUCUUUUUAUUUUUAUUUUUUCGAUCAAUUCUCAUCUAUCCUCUGCGUUUAAUUAGCGAUUAACAAUAUCGAAACGCGAAUCGAUAAAGUCUCAGACCUCUCACUCUUUCUCUUUAACACAACGCUGUGAGAAAUUGACGAGAGUCUUCGGACAUGAAAAAAUGAAUGAGUCGCGAGUAAAGAAAAUAGUACGCACAUUGAGCCGAGUGAGUGAUAUCCCGUUAAGAUUAGAAUUAAAUGAAGAUAUAUAUUGCGUAGAUUAUUACGUACGCAUGUGCGAAUGACUGUAAUUGGAUGACAGUGACAGAGAGAGGAAGAGAAAGAGAAAGAAUGAUCGAAUACAAUAUAAAAUGGCGAGUUGAGAUUCGCGAAGAGUACAGCUGGGGUUAGUAGGGAAGGGAGGUAUACUGCGAUGAGAAAAUAGCCAAAUAUGACAAAGAUUUGUUUAGAAGUACGUUAGACAUAUAAUAGGGCCGUCGUUACGUUUUAAUCCGAAUACUUGCUAGGUUAGGAUAGUAUAGUGCGAAAGCGUCCGAUUACAACCAGGAAAUCACUGUGCGUAUACGUGGGAUGGCGCCACCAGCACAUGUAAAUAUCGUCGAGCACAAAUCAGGCUAGCCGUAGCCGCGAGAGCGAUGCGUUCAUCAACUAACCGAUUAAUUAGGGAUUAAUUAUCACGAACAUAGUUUGACGUAAGAUUAAUCUAAAUCCAAUACAACCGAUCGUUGUCGCGUGUCCUUAGCAACAACACCGGAUACUACCAUCGUCGUACAGUGUCGAUGCCUGUGCACGUGCGCAUGCGCAGUUCACGCUCAGUGCUGAUAGCGUUUAAUUUUUCAAUAGUAGUAACCUUUUACUUAGUCCUUUUUAUUCUUUCUAAAAAAUCUAAAGGCUUUUCUAGAAUGACUGUACUUUUCUCUCUCUCUCUCUCUCUCUCUCUCUCUCUCUCUCUCUCUCACAUUAUAAAUUAUAUUUAAUGCAUCAGCAUUGUACGUGACUGCAGUCGGUCGCGCGUUGUUACUGCGCAGUCACAAUUCCGGUUUCCUGUAUUUUUUCUAACGGGAUCCAAAAUCUCGUCAAUUCGAAUUUCCAUGGUGCGUGCAGAUUCGUAUUACGAUAUAUCCCAUUAUUUCUAUCCUUUUACGAAAAGCCAUGACCCACCCCUAAAUCCCCAACCCUACAAAACCUGUAUAUUAUAUACUGUAACUACAAUUUAUACUAUUCGUAAUUAAAAUUACCUUUAACGGUAGGCUACUACUAUUAGCUGCUAGUAUAAGUCAAGCUCAAAUUAGACGAGGCCCCUGCAAAAAGCCUUUAAUGAUAUUUCCGUCAGUUUUUUUGUCAUGUGCACAACUACACUUUUCUUCAAUUAAUACUAUUAUAUUACUAUUACUAGUAUUAACUACUACUACCACCGCUAUCACAGUUAAUAUCCCUCGUCUGAUUUUUUCUUGUGACGUCUACUUUACUUUGUUCCUGAAAUGAAAAAGAAAUCAUUCUCGUCGCUUUAUUCGUGACAGGCCUAUCGCACAACGUGACAGAUAUUUUUUUAUCAAACGAUUGAUGAACGGUCUUAACCUUAUUACAUGGAAAAUGAUCAACGACGACUACUAACAUGGAGAACUUUUUUGAAAGUAUCUUUUUAUUUGAUAAACUUUUUCAAUCAAAGUGAAAUUUCAUAGUGGACAUAUUAUUUAUAUGAUAUUGAAUAAUUUGUUUUUUUGAAUAUAUAAACUAUUCUUAUGCACUUCAAUUGAAAAACGAUCAUGGUCCUUUCUCGCUGUUCUCCAAUAGUAAUAAUCGUUGCAAAAUUUCAUCGUUCAUUUUGAAAGAAAAAAUAUCGUGUCCCGUACGCCUUGAAAUAACAGCACAUAAAUUUCUCCAAAUACUUUUUUCUUCCUUCCUCUAUCCCUCUAGAUCAAUACGAUCGAUCAGCCACGAUCAUAACGAUCUAUAUCGAUCGACCCGCUCUCUUAUAUUCUCGCUGCUUACGUAACACGCAGGGGUUUAUUAAUAAACACCGAAGGAUUUACGCAAGGACACAAUGGAAGAUAAAAGAGGAAACGCGAUGGAAGAAGCUCCUACUACCGAUAUUAAUUUACCAUCGAUUAAAAACGAUUACGAUUAGCGAACGCAAUGUAAAAUAUUCGAUGAUACGUACCAUACGAUAUGUAAUACUUUAAAAAGAUGACUCUAGAUGAAUUCAUGACUACGUAAUGACACGUCUUAUGAGCAACAUAUCCUAGUGUACGGGGACGUGGCGUUACCGUAACUCUUGGAAAAAGUGAAAGCAAAAGAAAAUUCCGUAGCGCAUUUCUCCUCGAAACUCCAAUGACACAGAGAAUGAAAAAAAAAAAAAAAAAUGAAAAUUCCCUAAAUUUUUUUAUUUUCCUUUCAAAAGUCAAUAAACGUUCUCAUUGAUUCGCCAACUGUUAACGUUACUAAUAGCAAAUAUUCUUUCUGAACAAUUUGUCUCUCAACAUUGUUUAACAAAAAAUAUUGUACAUUCAUUCGAAUAUCUCUAUUGUGAAAUAUAAGAUAAAAAUAGCAACUAUUUAAAUUAAAUUUUACCAUCUCUUGUCAGUCAAGCUUCCAUGAGAGUGAAAACGCACGGAUGGUUUACACGCGAGAACGGCAAAGCCACGUCGAUGUUUUUUGAAUUAUUAAAUGAGAAUAAUUAACGUGAAAACAAAAGUGUGAGUACUUUGAAAUGGGAUGUUCCAUGACAUUAUGAAGUUGCAUACUUUCUAGAAUGAGUGCGUGCGUGUAUAAAGUAAAGUUUAAUAUAAGGUCUGUGCGGUCUGCCAACCAAUUGGCUGACUAACAAUUGGUCAGGUAGCGAUUUAACUAUAUAGUAACCACGUUGAUGAGAUCAACCAAUUGGCUGACAGCAAGUAACGAGAGCACACUCUUAAAAAUAAUUCUAAGUAAGGUAGUAGCGUCGAGAACAAAGCAAACAACAAAAAAUGGGAAAAAAUUUCAUCAGCUAUUAUAUGCCAAUUGUUUUUUUGCUUAUCGCAGUGUAACAAACCGAAUCGUAAAACGAACAAAGAGCGACGGUUAAAUAAAUUAAUCGGCAGAAUUUGGAUCGAGCAAUUUUUCGUGAAAACUCGAAAGUUACAGAGUCUAUGAAUAAUAAAGUAUAUACGUGAAAAAGUGCACAAUCGAGUUACGAGUACGUUAAAAGUAUAAAAUACGAAUUUUCAUGUAAAUUCGUGUAAAACUCGAUGCCUACUAUUAACACAGAGGUACGAAGGUAUAUGAGAAUAAGAACACAUUGCAUAAAAAGGAAGAACGGAUAAUGAUUGUGGUAGGAAGAAAAUGAAAAAAAAAAAAACGGACUCGAAGUUUAAUUUAGAAAAUAACAAAAAAAAAAGAAAAGAAAGAAAGUCGAUAGUUAAAUACGGAAGUCGAGGUGUACUCGCAAGCACCUACGUCAUUGUCUGAUUUGAAUGAUAUUUUGUAAGUCUGGACCAGUUGUUAGGUUCUUAUUACUACUCCCAUAGCGACUUCUUAUGGCGUAUUUUCUCUGUAUAUUGUCAAUGUUUAUUAUUAAAUAUUUUUCAAAUAAA